AUGAGAAAUAUUUGGAAAUUAUUUGUGAUUCUAGCCUCAGUUUCUCAGUUCACAGUUAUUCAAUGUGCCCAAAAUAUCUCAGAAACUGUCUCCAGUCCCCUGGAAUUGGCCAUUACCACUCUCGAAGUAAAUUCAAGCGAUAAUGCCCAUAAUCUGCUGUGCCAGCACAUAGAAGAAUCCCGUUAUUGGAAGACAAGUCCCUGUGAUAAUUUCUUACACUAUGCCUGUGGUAAUUGGCCGUACUUUUUGGAAUCGGAAGUGCCUGAUACGCUGCAUAUUAUGGAUGCCAAACUAAAUGAGGAAUUUCGAAAGAUUUUUCAACAACGUAAUCCACGUUUACCUGAAAUGAAUUUCAUGCGACAGGCUCGAAAUUAUUAUGAAUCAUGCACGGGCAUGUUUGGAGAAAUGAAACCACUGAAUCCCGUGGAAUAUUUAAAAUGGUUGCAGUAUAAUGAAAAUAUGCAGUGGAUGGAAUGGGGAGAUGAGGAGAAUAAAAAUGCGGAACAAAAUGUGAAUUGGCUAAAAAUGUUGGCCAUUUUCCGUAAAUACGGUUUAAAUAAUUUCAUAAUGCUGGAGGGGGCCAUGCAGCAUCCAUGGAAUAAUACGAAAAUGAUUUUGGCCAUAAAAAGGCCAUUUGCUGAUAAUCCUUACCAUUAUUUGGGUUCUCUGGAGAAUGAACAGAGGAAAUUUACUUUGCGGAAUAUAUCCGAUACGGCGGAUUAUCAAAAAUAUUUGGAAUUUGAUUUGGAGCUAAAGAAAUUGGUGGACUAUCACAGGAAUUUGACAAGUCGCCAGGCGCAAUUGGUAACCUUGGAACAAUUGAAACAUCUGCAACUGCAAUGGUUGGAGGAAUAUUUAAAUGUGGCCUUGCAGCCCAUACAAAUCCCGCCAGAAAUGGAAAUUUUCAUUGAAGAUAUGGAUUAUUUGAAAACCACGAAACUCUACUUAGAUGAAGUUGAGGAUCCUAAAUUUUUGGCCCGCUAUUUACAAUUGAAUUUCCUUAGCCAGCUGAGCUAUUCUCAUGCCGAUCACAUUUAUUAUGAUUGUAUGCAAAGCACGAGACACCUGUUCCCCCUGGUCAUGCAGUGGCUCUACAAACAUCAUCAUCCCGAAAUAAGCUACGAAUUUUAUAAGCUUCAACUUUUAUUUUCCAAUUUAAAAAGGAAUUUGAAGAAACAAUUUAAUCGACAACUUGAAGACGCAGCUUUGGAGUUGGCAAAAAAUAAAUUGAAUAAUUUGAAGUUGCAAAUUAUCGAUGUUUGGCAACCGGCCAUCGAACAUUUAUAUUCCGAUGUGUGGUUAGAUCCAUUCGAUUUUGUAGGGAAUCGUCUGAAGCUGCAACACAAACAAGUUCAAAUUGACCAUUCCCAUUUAGGAGAUGUGGUGAAACGUGGUGCCUUGGAAUUUCUUAAUCUACAACGUGCGGAUAUUGCCAACAGCUUGCUGCCAUUUUCAAUAUCACGUCAAAAUUUAAUAGUUCUACCAGUGACCGCUUUACAAUUUCCUUUCUAUCAUCCUCAGCUCAAGCACGUGUUUAUUUACAGUUCUUUGGGUUAUCUAAUGGCUCGAGAAAUUGUCAAACAGUUCACCGAUCCGCAGCUACAACAAAUCGAUGCCAAUGGUAAUCUUAAUUCCCGGCUAAAAGAACAUUUUAUUAACAUAACCAUUGCGGAUGAUUAUUCAUAUAAGCUUAAUGUUGUUGCCUUGGAACUGGCCUAUGAAACACUUAGUGUCAUACAGGCUCUUGGUCGUGAGGAUGUCAAACUAUUUCUACUGAGAUUCGCUAAUAGCUAUUGCGGGAAUUAUAUUAAAUUUGGAGAUCACCUGCAGAUGGUUAACAGCGUCUUUCGGCGAUUUUCUUCAAGACGUUGGAAUGUUUUUGGUUGUAACUAUAAUUAG